UCUUGCUGUUCACGGUGUAAUCAAAGCAUAAAUAACCUCAAUAACCAGUCAUGUUUAUUCGAUUGUUCAGUAGCCAAUUUCAACAAAACCCGGCUUUAAGGCUGUACAAACACCUUCUUAGGCAGUGCGAGAAGCUCCCGAAAGGCCCAAGGGAACAUUAUCAGUUCACCAUACAACAGUUUCUAUACUUUCUGGAUAGAGCUUCAAGCAAUAUAUCAAUGAAUCUGACCCUGAGCGCAUAAAGGAGAUAAUUAAAAGGUCCUACGAGGAUUGCGACUGGAUUCUUAAAAAGUAUCUGGGCAAGUAAGCAAUGUUUCAAGUACCCUUAGUUACAAGCUCCACUAUAAUUCCCUUGGAGAAAUAUUGGGAUGCCUUGCUGCUAUACUACAGCCGUCCUCACUUAGUCAAUAGAAAAAUCACCGCUGUAUCGCAAGGUUUGCUUUGCAAAGUACAGUUUAAUUCAAAAGGCAUUGAAUUGCCGGAACUUUUAAAUCGCUCUGCAAUCUUAUACGAAUUGAGAAAGAAAAAUUCCUGGGAUCACAUCGAUCAAGAACUCCUCAAAAGUCUCCUAGAGCCUUACGAUAAAAAUGUGCAGUUGACUGAUGUCAGCAUACAGGAACUGAGGGAUUACUCCCAAGAGGUGUUUGUGUCAAUCAGGCUCCUCUUCCCCAGGCUGAAGAACUGCCUGAAAGCUCUAGAGGUGAUAACAUUUGAUAAGCAGCACAAUACGGCUGUAUUCUUGGCUGUAUCAGACACAGAUAAAUCAUUGGUGGCUCCACCGUUUGCAUAUCAAAUACAGUUGGCCAGCACCUCGAAUUUGCGGAUAAACGUUAAUUCGUUUGAAAAUGCUGACACUGGACAUGCGGAAUGGUUAGCCAGUAAACUAUUUUCGAAGCUGCUAAAAUGGAUCGAAGAUUCUAACGCUCAUAAGCCCUGCAUUCAGUCAUUGUCUUUAAUACGACCCGAGGACUACUGCUCAACUUACAACAGGCUAAAGGAGACCUAUGCGGAGAAACUUGUGCAGGAAUGGCCGAAAAAAGCUGGCACUGAUCCCCAAAAGUAUGUCUUCGAAGACAUCGCCAUAACCAGCUAUUUGAUUUGUUUAUGGAAAGAGGAGGCGCAUGUUAAUUUUGUUGACUGCGGAUGUGGCAAUGGACUGUUGGUGUUUCUAUUGAACCAGGAAGGCUUUGAGGGAUUUGGAAUUGAUAUAAGGAGAAGAGCCAUUUGGGACAUAUACCCUGAAUCUGUAAACUUACAGGUUGGUGCCGUAAACCCCAAUUCGUUGUUCCCGUCUUGUACUUGGAUUAUUGGCAACCAUUCGGACGAGCUCACGCCGUGGAUACCCAUAAUAGCCCUGAAAAGUAGCCCCCGGACUAAUUACUUCGUUUUGCCCUGUUGUCCCUAUGAUUUUAACGGACUCAAGUUCAUCAGAAAAAACACUUCAGUGAGCACUUAUGCCGAUUAUUUAACGUAUAUCGAAGAAAUUUCGCGCAAAUGCGAAUUUCAAACGAACAUUGAUAAACUGAGAAUACCGUCGACAAAACGAACUUGUUUAAUUGGAAAAAGAAAAACUUUAACUGAAGAGGAGCAAAAGAGUUUGGUGAUUGAAAUUUCCGCAUUUGUUGACCAGAAAAUAUCGGAAAAAUUCGUUCAAAGAUCGGCUAUAGAAAAAGUGCGUAACUGCACGCAACUGGACAGGAAUUUAAUUUCCGGUAUUGUAGAGAUAUGUAUGAACCAACUGCUUUCAUCACAGCAACAUAUGGAAAAGUCUAAUGGAGAUUUGUGGAACAAAGGCGUCGGAGUGGCAAUUCCAGACUUGGUUCAGCGGAUACCCAAAGACGUGUUGCGACAGUUGAAGCAGGAGUGUGGGGGCUUACAGACACUUUUAAGGAAUCACAGGUAUCUCUUUGAAAUUUCAAACUCUAUAGUUCGAAUUCGACUACCGCCAUGCUUUGAGACAACGUCGAAGUACAAGGCAAAACCUUGCUGGUUCAGCAGGAAUCAUCCCAAUGGUUGUUUACAUGAGGCUGAGGUCUGUGCUUAUAGGCACUAGUAAAUGGUUGAUUGUAUA